AUGAGCGAGAUAAAUAAUUCGUUAUGUAAUUCAAGUAUUCAACAAAGACAUCGAACAACUCCAACACAAUUUCAAUUUCUUGAAUCUUAUUUUCAAAAUAUUGAUGAUUUUCCUGAUUCAAUUAUGAGAGAGAAAAUCUCUCAGAAAUUAAAUAUGCCAAACAAAAGUGUCCAUAUUUGGUUUCAAAAUCGUAGAGCGAAAAGGAAACAAGAAGAAAGAGCUCGAUUAGAAAAGACAACAAGUCGUCACUCAAACACAACUAUAACAACUUCUUCUUCACUCCCUUCUACGAUUAAAGGCUUACCACUAUUGUCGGAAACAUUCUUUAACGUGCCAGCUCCUCAACAACAGCAACAACAUUACUUGACAAAUUUUGCAUCAUUAAAACUUCCUCCAUUAAGAAAUCUCGCGGAAGAAAGUUAUGCAAGAAGACAUAAUUCGUCCAAAGAUGUUACACUUCCACCGUUAUAUUUAGCAGUCCCACAAAUUUUACUUGGUAGUUGUAACGUUACUGAAUAUCAUAUGAAUAAUUGUUGUAAAUCACCCACUCAAUUCAUUCAUUCCUCCUAUAAUAUUCAUAAAAAUCAAUUCUCUCAACCUCCUCCUUCUCUUGCUCAAUCGAAGCAACAACAAAGAAAUAAAUCUAGCGGUAGUUUCGUAAUUAAUGAUGAUUCUGAACCAACAGCUACCGCACAAAACACGUCAAAAUUAUCUUAUUUACUACCACAAAUAACUCUUCUACUUUAA